AUGUCAGGGCCGGUGUCCGAGCCGGGCGGCCCCGGCGAGGGGCGCCUCGACUCCCUGGACCUGCUGGAGCGCUGCGGCGUGUGCCGGGAGCGGCUGCGGGCCGAGCGGGAGCCGCGGCUGCUGCCCUGCCUGCACUCCGUGUGCCGGCCCUGCCUGCGGGCCGAGGCGCCGCCCGCCGUGGCCAAGGACGGGCCAGUGAUCGACUGCCCCAUCUGCAAACACCAGUGUUACUUGAAGGACGUUGUGGAAAACUACUUCUUGAGGGACAGCGGGGCCGACGGCAGCCGCGAUUCAAGCCAGUGCUGCACCAGCUGCGAGGACAACGCGCCGGCCACCAGCUACUGCGUGGAGUGUUCGGAGCCGCUGUGCGAGACGUGCGUGGAGGCCCACGCGCGGGUCAAGUUCACCAAGGACCACACCGUGCGAGCCACCGGUGGCUCGAGGGCGAAGGAGGGCGAGCGCGCCCUGCUCUGCGCCGUGCACAAGCACGAGCCCCUCGUGCUCUUCUGCGACACGUGCGACACGCUCACCUGCCGCGACUGCCAGCUCAGCGCCCACAAGGACCACCAGUACCAGUUCCUGGAGGACGCGGUGAGGAACCAGCGCAAGCUGCUGGCGUCGCUGGUGAAGCGCCUGGGCGACAAGCACGCCAGCCUGCAGCGCUCCACCAAGGAAGUGCGCAGCUCCAUCCGCCAGGUGACGGACGUGCAGAAGCGGGUGCAGGUGGACGUCAAGAUGGCCAUCCUGCAGAUCAUGAAGGAGCUCAACAAGCGCGGCAAGGUGCUGGUGAGCGACGCCCAGAAGGUGACGGAGGGGCAGCAGGAGAAGCUGGAGCGGCAGCACUGGGCCAUGACCAAGCUGCAGCGGCACCAGGAGCACGUGCUGCGCUUCGCCUCCUGGGCCCUCGAGAGCGACAACAGCACCGCGCUGCUGCUCUCCAAGAAGCUGAUCUACUUCCAGCUCCACCGGGCCCUCAAGGCCAUCGUGGACCCCGUGGAGCCGCAGGGCGACAUGAAGUUCCAGUGGGACCUCCAUGCCUGGACCAAGAGCGCCGAGAGCUUCGGGACCAUCGUCUCGGAGUGGAGCUGUUCCCCGCCACCCCUCACCCCGCAGCCACCACCGACCAGCCCCAUGGCAGGAGCCUCACAGGCUCCCUUGCAGGCCACGGUGGUGAGCAAAGGGCAGUACGCCCCCGGCCCCCUCCUGCAGCCCCCGMGGGGGCCGGCCGCCCCCCAGGGCGCCGGGCACAGGACGGGGACCCCCCCGCUGCCCCCCUUAGCCCGGAGCACCGAGGCCUCCGACUGUCCCCUCCUCGUCCCCGCGCGUCUUCCCCCGCAGCCGGCCGAGAUCCCCAGGGACGCGGCGGCCGCUGCCGAGCUGGCCCUUGCCCCCCCGGAACGUACUGUGACUGGAGUGAAGAGGAGAAGGCGGCUUAGCCCUCCCCAGGAGGAGGAGGAGGAGGUCGCUAAGGAGCCGCUCGUUAAGCGGAGCCGUCCCCUCGAGGGCCGYGCCAACGUCCUGCUGCGCAAGGUGCCCCGCGUGAGCCUGGAGCGCCUCGACCUGGACCUCUCGGGGACCGCGCAGCCCCCCGUCUUCCGCGUCUUCCCGGGCACGUCGGCCGAGGACUUCAACCUCAUCGUCAUCGAGCGGGGGGCGCAGCAGGGGCCGCCGGGCCCCGCCGCGGUCAAGGAGGAGGAGCAGGAGGCUCCCAUCGGCACCGGGAGGGACGCCAAGCCGCCGGGCCUGGGCCCCGAGCACCCCGGGGUGCUGGGCGCCCCCGGCGGGGGGGCCGCCUCCUGCCGCGUGUGCCGCCGCGCCGGCGCCGUCGUCAUGUGCGACCGCUGCGAGCACUGCUACCACCUCGACUGUCACCUGCCCGCCCUGCAGGAGGUGCCCAGCCCCGAGUGGCGCUGCCUGCUGUGCCAGGAGCCGCCGCACGACGACGGCGCCGCCACCGCCUUCCCCGGCGCCGAGGACGGGGCGCCCCGCGGGCUCUCGCCGCUGGACCAGCGGAAGUGCGAGCGGGUCUUGCUGGAGCUGCUGUGCCACGAGCCCUGCCGGCCCCUGCACCGGCUCUGCAGCUCGCCGGAGGGCCCCGCCGACGCCAUCGACCUCACGCUCAUCCGCGCCAAGCUGCUGGAGAAGCUCACGCCGCCCUACGGCUGCCCCGAGGAGUUCGCCCGCGACGUCUGGAGGAUGAUCCGCCAGUUCAACCGGCUCACGGAGGACAAGGCGGACGUGCAGUCCAUCCUGGGYCUGCAGCGCUUCUUCGAGGCCCGGCUCAACGCCGCCUUCGGCGACCGCAAGUUCUCGGCCCUCCUCGAGCCCGUCGGCGCCCUGGCCGAGGCCGAAGGCUGCCGGGCGUCUCCCGCCGGCCCCCUGGGCCCCUGACU